AUGGUUGGUAAAAAGUUCAAGGCAUUUGGUGAUUUCGUUCCAACAAUAAGUGAUAGUGAGGAAGAUAUUCCUGAUUUAGAUGCUUCUGACGACGAGUUGCAAAAAAAGCCAGUCAAAGCCAGUAAAAAUAGCAAGAAUAAAGGGAAGAAAGGGAAAAAGAACACUGGGCAGGAUCUUGAUGAAGAUGUCCAUGAGGACUUAAAUCCAGAAUUCCAGUUUUCUGUUGACGGUGCCGAAGUCACCACAAAUUUUGAAGGUUGGGAGUUCUUGGGGGAUGAUAAGACGGAUGCUCCUGAAAAGAAAGAUGUUGAUUUAGAUGGUAUCAUUAGAAGAAAAGGUGGUUUGAUUAAAAUGGCUGCUGCUGGCAGUGAAGAAGAAGAAGGUGAGUCUGCGGAAGAAGAAGAAGAAGAAGAAGAGGAAGAGAGUGAUAAGGAAGAAGUCAACAAUGAUUCCGAUGAUGAUGAAUUGGCUUUGGAUGGUUUCGGAAUGGGUGCUAUCAAAAAGACCAAGGAAUCUACUGAAGAUGAUGAAGAAAAUGAAGAAGAAAACCAAGAAGACUCAGAUGAAGAAAAUGAUGCAGAGGGAAGCGACGAAGAUGUUGAAAUGACCCAAAAUGAUCUAGGAAGAGGUAAGUUUAAUGAAGAGGAAGAAGUUGAGGACUCUCCUGAGGAAAUGGCCAAAUUUUAUGCACCAGAUGAUGAAGGUGAUGAUGCAAAGAAGACUGUUCACAAGACUUUCAAUAGUUUGUCAUUAUCCAGGCCGGUAUUAAAGGGUCUCUCCUCUUUAGGGUAUACUAAGCCAUCUCCAAUUCAAAGUGCUGCUAUUCCUAUUGCAUUGCUAGGUAAAGAUAUCAUCGCAGGUGCUGUCACCGGUUCCGGUAAGACAGCUGCUUUUAUGAUUCCGAUUAUCGAACGUUUGCUAUACAAGCCAGCGCAAAUCGCAUCUACCAGAGUUAUUGUGCUAACUCCAACACGUGAAUUAGCAAUUCAAGUCUCUGAUGUUGGUAAAAAUAUAGCCAAAUUUGUUAACGGAAUAACUUUCGGUCUAGCAGUUGGUGGUUUAAACUUAAGACAACAAGAACAAUCUUUGAAAACUAGGCCGGACAUCGUUGUUGCAACUCCAGGUAGAUUCAUUGAUCAUAUUAGAAAUUCUCCAAGUUUCAGUGUUGAUGCUGUUGAGAUUUUGGUUAUUGAUGAAGCUGAUAGAAUGUUGGAAGACGGUUUCCAAGAGGAAUUGCAAGAAAUCAUGUCCUUGAUUCCUAGUAAGAGACAAACUUUGCUAUUUUCUGCUACUAUGAACUCCAAGAUCAAACAAUUAAUUUCUUUAUCAUUGAAGAGACCCGUUAGAAUUAUGAUCGAUCCUCCAAAACAAGCUGCUGCUAAGUUGACACAAGAGUUUGUUCGUAUACGUAAGAGAGAUCACUUAAAACCUGCUUUACUCUACCAAUUAAUCCGUAAAUUGGAUAGUGCUAGUCAAAAAAGAAUUGUCGUAUUUGUUGCUAGAAAAGAAACAGCCCACAAAUUGAGAAUUAUUCUUGGUCUCUUAGGUAUGCAAGUGGGUGAAUUGCAUGGUUCCCUAACGCAAGAACAGCGUUUACAAUCUGUCAAUAACUUCAAGUCUUUACAAGUCCCUGUUUUGAUCUGUACAGAUUUAGCGUCCAGAGGUUUGGAUAUUCCAAAGAUUGAGGUAGUCAUCAAUUAUGACAUGCCAAAAACUUAUGAAAUUUAUUUGCAUAGAGUUGGUCGUACAGCAAGAGCUGGUAGAGAAGGUCGCUCCGUCACAUUCGUUGGUGAAUCAUCUCAAGAUAGAAGUAUUGUCAGAAGUGCUCUAAGGUCUGUAGAAGAGAAUGCAGACAGUGGAAAGGCAUUGAGUAGAUCCGUGGAUUGGGUUCAAGUGGAGCAAAUAAAUAGCUUGGUUGAAUCAAAGAAUGAGGUUAUAGAAGAAGUUCUAGAUGAAGAAAAACAAGAAAAGGAAAUUUUGAGGGCUGAGAUGGAACUUCGUAAGGGUGAAAAUAUGUUAAAGCAUAAAGAAGAGAUCAGUGCAAGACCAAGAAGAACUUGGUUCCAAUCUGAAUCUGAGAAGAAAAACUCAAAGUUGCUACAAAUUCUUUCUAAGAACAAGAAGCCAAUGAAUAGUAAAAAGAGAAAACAACAAGAAGCUUUAGCUGAAAGACCUCGUUUAUAUAAAAAGACCAAAAAGGAUCGUAUGGAAUACCAAGAGCUCCAGUUCAAAAAACAAUCCAAAGCUCCUGCUAAGAAGGGAAAGAAAGGAAAGAAAUAA